AUGAAACUCACAGAAAACACAAAAGGAGAUAAGAAGAAGGAGGAUAUAAGUAUCAAUCAAAUGUCAACAGACAAGACAUCAACACCAUCAUCACCAAUAUCAGGUGCUGAUACAACAACAACAACAUCAUCAUCAUCAUUAUCAUGUCAUUUCAAUACAACAAAGAGAUCACCAUUAACAACUGCACAAUGGGUAUAUUUGUUGGUGGCACAAGGUGUCGUGGCAGGCAUCGUCAACUUCUUUGUCAAUCUCUUCAUCACAUGGAUCAUCUACUCUAAGGAGUCUGGUGCACUGAUCGACUUUUCAGGCCAACUGACCUGCAUCCUAUCCGAUAUCAUCGUCACAUCAUUCCUUCUACCCGUGAUCAUGUGUCUAAUUGGUUCAAUUCUAGUCACACUCGAUCUUCGCAAAGGCAAACUGAUCAAGCCAAUCGAUAGACGAUGGUUAGACUCUGCAUUUGUCUGUUGGAUACCUCAAGGUAUAUAUUAUAGAUGUAUAUUACUACGAGCUGUUAUAUUUGGAAUGCUUGGAGUGUUGUUGUUCGCUCCACCUACACUUAUUGCAUUGUUUUUGGCGACAAGACCUGGAGGAGGAGACAUGCUCAUCAAGUGGACGUUCUAUAUAUUCAAAGGAUCAUGGUGUGCACUGUUUGCAUUCGUAGUGGCACCUUGUAUAGCAUUCAUUCUGGCGGCAUCUUAUGAGCCCAAUCAAUCUUUCCUCAGACGGACAUCAUAUUCACCAUCAUCGCCGUCGUCGAUAUCCUUAUCACCAUCAUCAGACAACAAGGUUUAA